CACAACCAUGGCGUCGCCACUAGCAGACCUCCCCGCGCGGCUCCGUCUCUUAAUAGUCGCGCCGCUUCUUAAACUCUGGCGGCGCCGCGGGGAGCUACUCGCCGCUGCUAAAGCCAACCCCACGACCCUCCUCUCCGCCGGCGUCGCCCUAGGAGUCCUUCUCGGAACCUUUCUCGUCGGGCCCCUGCUCUUCUCCCCUCCGCGCCUCCUCCCGUCGUACCACUUCCCGACGACCCACCUCAUCCCCGCUAUACGCGAAUUCGCCGCUCCGGAAAUAGUCGACCGAUGCAUCGCGAUAGCGGAAGGCGGGCCGGGGUCGCUAGGACGGUCCUUCUCCCAGGCGCACCAGGACUGGCUACUAUUCCACAACUAUUUCCGGCACAUUCCGUACGGAUCAGGCGUGUAUGUGGACAUAGGGUCCAGCCACCCGGAGCACUUUAGUAACACUUACUUCUUUGACCGGUGUUUAGGCUGGCGAGGGCUGUGCGUGGAGCCAAACCCUAAGUACUACCACCAGUAUGGGCAGUAUAAUCGGACGUGCACUGUAGUUCCGGCUUGCGUACUGGACCGAAAUGCGACUCUUAGAAUGGACUUUCAAGGCGGGAUGUACGGGAAGGUUAAUAAGGAGGAUCAGACAGUGGCGGCAGCAGGGGGGGAGGGGGCGGCAGACGCCUCUGCGGACGACAAUGAGAUCGAAUUCAAUCCAACGGCUCCUGUUCCACGAGGCUACGCCCGAUGCCGUCCGUUGGAGGAGAUCCUGGAUGAGCAUGCGAUCCACACUGUUGAUUUCGCGAGUAUAGACGUGGAGGGGGCGGAAGCCUCGGCACUGCACUGCUUCCCUUUCCGAGCUUAUGACAUCCGAACCUGGCUGGUAGAAACAGAUAAGGCUGGGAAGGACCUGUACCGGAUCUUCAUGCGAGGUGGUUACGCGCUUGUAACAGAGGUGCUGUGCCCUCAGAACCGGCUACACUCCGCUUUAACCCGCAUGGGAGUCAAGCUGGACUCUAUUUUCCGGCGGGUUUCCCCUGGGCCCUUCCCACCCUCUAGCGGCCCGGGAAAACUCGAAAUUACGCCCGAAACUGCAGCCGCAGCCGCAGCCGCCGCUGCCGCUUCUUCCUCUAAAGCCACCUCUCCCGAUUCCCCCGCUCCCCCUCCCCGUCCGCGCCCCCCCUUCCGCCAGCCUCCCCCUGUCUUCCCCUCAGGGGACUUUAUCUACGGGCCGGCGUGGUUGCCUGGGGGGGAGAAGGCGGGGAAGGGGCCUCAGCCUGCGUGCAGGCGCAAGGGGCCGUGUGAGGAGCAGGUGCCGCAUUUAGAGGAGGAGGAGGUGGAGGGGAGCAGUCUCAAGGUGAAGCUGGGGGCUUGCAGGCGGGGGGGAAUGGCCAUGUCUAUGGACCCGGCUGCUUAUAGAGAGUGAUUUUUGUAACGAGGAUGAAGGGCGGGUUUCAAAGGAGGGGGAUGGGGCCAUGUGAGGAGCAGGUGCCGCAUUUGGAGGAGGAGGAGGUGGAGGACAGUAGUCUUAAAGUGAAGCUGGGGCGUGCAGGAGGGGAGGCAUGGCCAUGUCUAUGGACCCGGCUGCUUAUAGAGAGUGAUUCUUAUGAUGAGGAUAUUGGGUGGUUAGGGGGUGUGAGGAGCAGGUGCCGCAUUUGGAAUUGGAGGUGGAGGAGAGUAGUCUCAAGGUGAAGCUAGGGGCGUGCAGGCGGGGAGGAAUGCCCACGUGACACGUCUGUGGAUCCAGCUGCUUAUGGAGGUGAUUCUAGAGGAUGAUUCUUGUAACGAGGAUGGGGUGUGUGUGAAAGGGGGGAGGAUGGGGGGUGUGAGUAGCAGGAGGUGGAGGAGAAAAGGCUGAAGCUGAAGCCUGGGGAGUGCAGGAAGGGAGGAAUUACCAGUUUUAGCCAACAGUCUGUGGAUCCAGCUGCUUGCCAAGGGUGGUUUCUACAAUGAGGAUGUUGGUUGUGUGUGUAGGUUGGAGGUUCCCUGUUUGGAGGUUGACCAGGAGGAGGGAGAGCAGCCUCAAGUUGACUUUACCAUACCCAUGUAGGAGGUAUGGGUGGAUGGAUGGAUGGCCCAUGCGGCAAUGCCGAUGUCUAUGGAUCCGGUUGCUUCUUUCCAAGGGAUGACCAUUGUAGGUAACUCUGGCAGUAUAUUUGAGGCAUUACUUUUACAAUAACGACAAUGAAAGGUAGGAGCUUGUGUGUGUGGAGAGCAGUGCAGAGUUGGAAGCAAGCCAUGGGUACGCAGGAGAGGACGGCUGCCUUGCACCUACGGGUACCGUACCUGCAUCUGCUCGUCUCCAUCUGCUCGUUUCCAUCUGCUCGUCUACAUCCGCUCGUCUACAUCCUUGUGAUAUGCCGGUUUCUAUCA